AUGUCUCCGCCCCUCGCCUAUUGCGUCAAUUCCAUGCCUCGUACCCGGACAAGCCCGCACUGUCGGACCGAAGUGGAGGGGCCCUGGGGGGGGCAGAAUAAUGAAGCAUCUGGUCAAUUCUUUUUGUUUGGCUUGAGUGUAAUUGGUGUGCAAGAGGGUGUCCAUGCAGAGGAAUGCAUUUUUCAGAAGCUGGAUGGUAGGGAUGCUUACUUUGGCAGAGGAGGGUUAGAAGUUUUAUAUCCAGAACUGGGAGAUAUUGUCUGUACAUAUAUCACAAAGUGCAACCAGUGCCAAAAGCAGAUCAACAAGCAAUUGAUCAGCCCAUAUGUCAGAUACCAGAAGGCAGACAGGAAAAAACAGUAUGCUGAUCCAGAUGCACCUAUCUGAGCAAAUCCAAAAUACUGUUACUGGAGACAUUGGCUUGUCAUCAACAUUAGAGGAGGUGACCUGAAGACUGGGAAGAUGCAAUGCUUACUUUUAUCAGACCACGUGCUCCCUACCCCACCACUUUCAUAUCAGUUUCAGAUCUAUGAACAGCCAGAAUAUGAAGCCAUAUCCUUAAGCACAGAAGAAAAAGCAUCUCCGGGGUCUAGUUCUGCAUCUUUUAUCUCCAUGAACAAGGGCAUUGUAAACAGGGCCACUCCAGAUGUUCUUAAUAUACAUGAAGGAACAUAUGGGAGGAAGAACUUUUAA